GAAUACAUUGUAAUGAGAAGAGCAAGUUGUGUUGCUGGACGUUUCAUAGCUUCUCCUUUGAAGUCGACGCAUAGUUUGUAGAUUUGAGAUUCAUAGAACGCUCAGUCAGUCCGUCAGUCUCUGCGAAGGUAAAAUCAGAUAUAGAAAACACAAAACCAUCAUUUGGCUUGAAUGAACGUAACAACUUCAUAUUAUUCGAGUGUGCAGAAAAGCAUCUAAGGAAACAAAAACAAAAAACAAAAUAGGGAGACUUACGAACUCCACGAACGAACUCAUGAAUCCCGCAAAUAGAGACUGCAUUGAGAGAGUCAUUGUUGAUUGUUCCUUUGCCGGGUGUAUCAUCCAGAAGUAAUGCAGAACUGAUUACAAUAUCACCAUCCACGCCCAUCAUACACACUAGUCAUAGUCAUAGCCUGCAAAUAUGUACGUAGUCAUUUAGUUAGACGCUUCCAGAGUUCCAAAUGUACAUACUACAUACGUACUGUACUGUACUGUACUGUAUCUAUUAGACGCUUCUGAAUUAAAUGGUUUUUCUUCAUACUCUUGUUUAAAGAACUACAUACAUAUGUAUCUAAAUAAUUUACAUAAACUGUCAUAUAUAUAUAAAUAACCACCAUGUACUACUAUGUUUAGAGACAUUAUAUUUGAAUGUGCGUUCGUGUAGAGCUCGUAUCAACAUACGAAGGAGGUAGAGUUCUAGGAUAGAAUAGUAGACGUUGUAUAGACCUUUCGCCAGACCGAUCUAUUGCGCUUUCGCCACAUUGAUUGUAGAUCCGAUUUCUGCUGGUUUGCUGCGAUAUAUGCAGUGGCGAAGUUCGAAGCAAUGGCAAAAUCGCCUGUGCUCAUUUGUUGAAUCGUUUUCGUUUUUUAGUAGGAAGUUCUUAUUUGGCUAUCCUAACCUGUAUGGUCUUGUAAAUAUUAGUGUCACUUAGAGCGUAAGUGGUCUGGUGAAUACGGAUAACAGUUCUUUUCGAAAUGUAUGCGGCUGCUGGUGGUGCAUCAUUGGCUUCGCGCCAAGCACGUCAAAGACAACGUCAGCAGAAGAAGUCGCAACAGCUGCAGGCAAAGUUACAUCCACCGAAGGCUCCUUGUGUAUCGGUUGCUGAACAUGGCGCUUCUACUCCCACCCGCCACUCUCGACAAUUCCAUCAGCUGCCGAAUAAUUACCUGCGAACACCACAGGCACAGGUCAGAAAGCUGAGUGCGAGUUACACAGCUCAGUCGAAGCUCUUGUUGCCAAUAGAUGAAGGGGAUACGCAGUCGGUGUUGCAUAUGCGCGUUCAUCCACAUGGGCAUGGACAUGGACACGGACAUAGUCAUCACGCACAUAGUCAUAGCCAUCAGGAGCAUCAUCAGCAUAUGGUGCCAUACACAGGGCAGCAUCAUGGCCGCGUUUCACCAAAGCUUGUACAUCGUCACUCUGGCAGCAGUGGGACUAGCUUUCACCAUUCCCAUUUGCCAAAGUCAGCAACCGCAACUCUACCACUCGUCUCACAAGUUGAGGCCACACCACCGACGUCGCCAUCGGGCGUAGCCGUCGCCGCCAAAGCGGAUGAGGCGACAGAUCUCCCACCAACGGCAUGUCUAGAGACAGGCUCAUCUCUGCCGUAUCAUGACUCCAUUAUUGUGACGCCGGCCACGCCCAUGGCUUCGCCAGGACACGUGGCCAAACCCCAUGAAGAUCUCUCGGACGCCAUCGCCGAAAAACAGCCGCUCACAGCUGCCAUAGACUCGUGUGAUGACGACGAGCAAAUACACCCACCUACCGGUCCCUUGGAACGCAAAUGCAGUGUUUAUCGCAUGAGGCGUAGCGAUGCCUUUGAAUAUGAGCCUUCGGCCGCCAUGACCGGAGUACGCCGCCAAUUCAAAGAACUCCAAUUCAAUCAACAGAACCAACACUACGAACCCCUGAUAUCUGAUGAUCCGCACCUCAUCUUCAAGGGCUUCUCGUCGACAACAGGUCGAAAAAUCCAAAUCUGCGCCUACUGUGAGGAAGGUAUUUGCGUCUGUGAACACAUUGAGUGCGCUCAGGGACGAGCUGCUUGGUUGGAACGCGGAAGACGUUGCAGUGUUCAAGAGACACAGCAACAGCAACAGGCUACGUGUCAUCGGCGCUGGGUCAAAAGGAACAGGAUACAGGAUGCCUCGCUGGGCGGUUCAUCCGACGAUGAGGACUUUUUGGGAGUCUUGCGAGGUCCAAGUACAUUCGCCAAUGCCUUUUUGUACGUUGGAUUGGGAACAAUUGCCUUGGGACUGGUGAUAGCGUUUGUAGGGACAGGAGAAAAGGGAUUCAAAACUGUCGAGCUACGACUCAUAGGUCCAUCGCUUAUUGGUCUAGGUUUCGUAUGCUGCAUGCUAAGAAUAUUGUUCUGCAUAUGCCCUUCGCAUUGCAUAGCAAACAGCAAAGGCGUCCGAAAGAAAAAUGGUAACAAAGUCGAUGCGGACCACACUACCUCCUUGCUUAGAGGCGAAAUAAAACGAGUUUCCAUUGCACGAGCUCCGGGACAACAAUCAAGAUAUCCCGGCACUCACAAGAGGUCCAAUAGCAAAAUGCUUAACGAAGGCAUGGAAGCCUUACGCCAGAUUGCCACAACAUCGCUCUUUAUGCAGAACGAACAAAAGCCAGCGACAAAUCGCAUUGUUCCCAUUAUAAAGGAGCCCGAAGCGGCAGCAGAAAAAAGUGAGAUGGGUGAGAAGGCAAGCCUAAACGCAGCAUCAAAUCGCGAUGCAAGUGUUCCGGAAAAAUUUACCAAUACCUAUGAGAUCGAGCGAACAGGGACGAGUACUGCCGUUUACACAUCUGCCCCCACCAAUCCUGAGGAUAGUAAAGCGUAUCCUGUGCCUGCGAUUAGCGGUUUCAAUAACAAAUUGUCGCGCCAGCGUGUUUCAGUGCAACAACAAAAUCUAGCCGUUUCCCAAUUAAUUGGUGGACAAGAAUCAGUGUCCUCCUAUGAUGAAGCUUGUGGUCAGCAAAUGGAAACAUCCUUAAUAUUUGUAAGAAAUCCGAAUUUGGACAAAGAAAUGCGCCCGCCUUCGAAUGCUGCACCAACAACAUCGAGUAGGAUGAAUAUAAAUGAUAGCAGCCUGGUGGCAUCAACACAUCUUUCGCCGCCCGAGGCGAGUUCUAUACCAACAGUGCAUGCGCCCAAUUCAUUAGCUGCUGCAAGGCAGACAGGCAACAGUGUUAAUGCGCCUAGUACAGCGAGUACAUAUGCCGCUGCAUUAGCGGCGUCUAUGUCGUCUCGUGGAAAUUCCGAUCGAACGGAGAAUCUCAUACGAGGACCCCUAGCGAUGCCGUUGUCAAUGUUAACCGCAUCGACAUCAUCGUAUGCCUUACCAUCUUCAGCUCCCACAACAUGCCUGACUAGGUCAAUCACGUCAAGUCCGCUUCCAGCACAACCAUCUACAGCGCCCUCUCUCAUGUCUACAACAGAAAUUUCGUCAUCGCUCAACCCACAGGCCAUACCCGGCCAAGUAAUCGAUGAUUUGCCAAUUGGAACCACAGUGCCGAGCUCUCAUAGCAGUAAUUGUGAGCAGCCUCCAUGUACAACAAAUCUGAAAUUUCCCGCAUCCUCAAUGUUAUCUUCCACAUAUUCGGCCAGUUCGUCAACGCUUUCGCCUAAUAGUCUGGUAGGUUCUACUUCGUUCACCGUUCCUUCACUGUCUACCCCGAUAAGCAAAUACGAACCAGAACUCCUUUUGAGUCCUGCCAAACUUGGUCAAUGAACUGUUCUAACUCUGAUCGUCAUGCCAUCUCAAAACUCCUAUGUAUUUCGCCUACAUACACACCCACAUGCAUAUAAACCCAUGAAACGCACUGAAGAUAGAUGUCGCUCUAGGUAAACAAGCAAAUCCAUCAAAGUUUUAGACAAAUUAACCAAUUCUAUCAGCGGAUAUGCUAUUGCUACUCGACGCCAUUCGAUCUCUGAACUCUGCAUUAAACAUUUGUGGAUGCUAAAAGCUUUCAAUGUAUAGAUAACAAUAUUUUUUCAAAUUAUUUCUAGGAUGUUCUCGACUCCUUCGGUCAUAUAAUGUUGCACGCGUAACGAACACCGAUGAUCAAAAGUGUUCAAAAACUUACUUGUUCACUAGGAUAUGCUUCCGGCUUUGCCAAAUGACAGAGUUAUAACCUCAAAGCAACAAUAAGAAAACGCGAUAGAACAAGUUUUUUAAUUGCAUUCCGCCGGGAGGUCGUCCAAGAUAGUGAAUUUUUUAUCUAGGCUGUUACUAUACAUACUAUAUGAAUAAAUUUAUAUAUAUAUAUAUAUACUAUACAUAUAUACAUGUGUAUGUCGAGUAUAAACUAAUUUAGAAUAGUCAAAAUUAAUGAAUGAACCGUUCAUAACAUUUAGUAUAAGAGUUAAGUGAUUAACCAAACGCAUGAAGCGACACAACUGAUUCGGUUACUAGGUAGAUAGUCCAAUAGUCCAAUUUAUCCUCAUUACCUUGCGUCACUUACCUAUAUCUCUCGCCGCCGCCGCCUCGCCCCCGCCACCCAGCGUUGUGCGUUUGCUUUAUCUGAAUGUUUGCAGUCGCAUUUUAAUUUGGCUGUCCAUUGCCGUAGGUCAAGGUCCCAUCUCAUGUCGCCCAACUUUGAUAUCCAUCAUUAUCAUCAUCAUCAUCAUCAUCAUCAUCAUCAUGAUACAUCCCGUCAUUUCGCGCGCUAUCACAAUCAGAACACAAACAUUCACCCAACCACCAUCGACACACUCACUUAUUUAGGCUAGUUUGUAAGUAAAAGUAAAGGAACACCCAAAACCAUACCAAACAAUCCAAACCAAUUACUCCUACCAUGCAACAGACUACAGACUACAAAGGUAUCUAUCAUACGACUAUUGUUGCUUUCAAAUGUAUCUAACUAUGAUGUAUGUAUGUAUGUAUUAUAUAUGUUUAGAGAAUAUAUGUAAACUGUUAUUUACGCAUACAAACAUACAGUACGCCCACAACGUGUGCUAGUCAACUUGUUCAUGCCAAACCGGACAAAGUAUUCACUGGCCUACAGGCACAUCAGACGAUCGGUUUAUUUUAUAAUGUAGUGAGUGGCGACCAAUAGUUACCCAUAAUGAAUUCACAUCAACUCAUAGCCAAGGAAAUUCAAAAUUUGCAAAUACAUACGUAUAUAUAAUUGAUUUCAUACAUAAAAAACACUCCUUUUACAUUUUUUUUAAUUUGCUUGAUUUGUUUGGUUAAUCGAUCGGUUUGAUCCCUUAGAUGUUGCCCAGACCAAAAGGAGGGAUCUUAGUUAACUCAUUUAGAGUACGUAAAGAUUCUAGAUUCGCAUAUGUUGUACCAAAUACCUGCACCAGAAAUUUAAAUCUUAUCCAAAUGUUAAAUUACGUAUGUACGUGUGAAGCUUGUGCAACUUUUUUCUUCGAACGCAUUGUAUGUUAUUACUGCUUCAUCGGUAUAUUAUAUCGGUAUUUAUACCCUACACCACUGCUGUGGUACAGGGUAUUAUAACUUAGUGAAUUUGUUUGUAACACCCAGAAGAAGUACACCGAUCUACUCAGAAUCACUUUCUGAUUCGAUUAAGCAAUGUCCGCUUGUCUGUCCAUGUUAAUUUGUGUGCAAACUACAGGUCGCAAUUUUCAUACGAUCGAAAUUUGGUACAGGCAUGAUUUUCGGCCUAGAGACGAAGCCUAUUGAAAUUUUAAAAAUUCGGUGCAGAUUUAGAUAUAGUUCCCGUAUAUAUGUUCGUCCGAUUUGCAGUAAUACAGCAAUUAAAUAGUCAUUUGGUUACCGAUUGUCUCGAAAUUUGGCAGGAAUCUGGACUCUUGGCUCAUGACAUUACAGUUGAAUUUUAUAGAAAUCGGUUCAGAUUUAUAUAUAUAUUUCCCCGAUUUUCAAUCCUAGAGCCACUGCAAGCGCAUUUAUUCACCAAUCUUCCCAAAAUUCUGUACAACGCCCUCCUCGACGACUUCCUCAAUAUCCUUUAUGAUAAUUCUCAACCGCUUCCCACUUCCAAUUAUCCGCACUAGACGAUCGAUGAAUCGUUUCGUUUGUAUUUCGUAUCUGGUCAUAUCUGAUUGUGGUGCACAAAACCGACAUGUACAAAGUGCCUUAUUGCUUCCCUUAAAAUUGACAUUGAAAUUUGGAGAUACUAUGUUGUAUUCGUGAAGAAAUUUCAAAUUUAGCUUAAAACAUUCUUAGUGGAGUUAAAGGGAAUCUGUGCCAAAUUUCAAGCCAUGCAUGUAUUCCCACGAAUUGUUUGAAUCCUUAAGCUCCAAAGACCAUUGGGAGAGUUGCCAGUGAGCGUUUGCAAAUCGAGUACGAGAUUAGUUUCACGCUUUAGGGACGAUAGAAAAAAAACCCUGUUUUUCUCCUUUUAGUACAGAGCAGCACUGAUUUGGCAUGAAAAAGCCUGUGUACUUAUACGUGUACGUAUGUAUGUUUUAUUAUUUCCCUUGUGUUCACUUUUGUUAUAUCCGCCGUUGCAUACUCCGUAUUCUUGUAGUUAUAGCAAUCUACCAUUAUUAUAAAUAUUUACUAUAACAAAUUGUUUUAUUAUUAAUUACAAUUGCAGCAUACUUCAUAUUUAUCUAUGUAUAACAUGUCCGAGACAUAUACUAUAACAAAAAUGUAAAUGUAUUAAAACAAAUGGAAAAUCUU